CCUUUUUGAUACACACAGAACUGAACGUGCCUCAUACAUACUUUAUGCGCGAAUGUUUAUAUGAAAAUAAAUUUGCUUAACUUUUAAAUUCAUGCAUACAUAAUCGGGUAACAUUCGUAAUAAUCGUAGUGAGUGUUCGAUUUUCAAACAGUUCAAACAUACAACAGGAAAUUCGUGCAAAUAAAGAUAAAUAUUUUUAAUACAAUCUAAUAAAGAUAGAACUUAAAUUAUAUUGUUAAUUUCCUCCAAAAGUAUAAGAUAGUACUCAUACUCUGAUAAUUAAAAAAUAAAGUUUGUAGCAAUAUGUUAAUAAAUAAGUGUGUUCAAGUCACCACAACUUCUGCUAAUUUAUCAUCUUUUAUAAACUUAAAAUGGUUCACUAUACAAACCAGAAAUUUCGUCACUACGGUGACAGAUGUUUCAAAAAUGCCUGAUUGCGAAUACGUACCUUUUACCUACAAGAUUACAAAUUAUAAAGAAAUUAAAAAGGCAUACGAAUCGAUCAUAUCUCCUUCUUUGAAGCAAUUUUACAAAGAACCAUUAUUAAUACACGAAGGUCGAGGGCAAUGGUUGUGGGACCAUCGUGGAAAACGAUAUUUGGAUAUGUUCGGCGGGGUUGCUACUGUGUCUGUUGGUCACUCUCAUCCAAAAAUAACAGCUGCUAUAUCUGAACAAGCGUCUAAAUUGAACCACGUAUCUUCCGUUUAUAUGCAUACCCAUUUAUAUGAAUAUGUAACCAAGUUAACAACUAAAUUUUCAAACAAAUUGAGAGUAGUAUAUCUAACAAAUAGCGGAUCGGAAGCAAACGAAUUGGCGUUUUUAAUGGCUAGGAUUUACACGCGCAACCAGAAUAUCGUAUCACUAAAAAAUGGAUAUCAUGGUGCAACUUAUGGAACCUCAGCAUCUACAGCCAUGAGUACAUGGAAAUUUCCAUUCGUUGCACAACCACCUGGCUAUUUACAUGCGGUAUAUCCAGAUGUAUACAAAGGUGAUUGGGGUGGAUCAAAAUGUAGGGAUUCACCUGUACAAGUGAUAGGAAGGGAAUGUGAUUGUGGAGAUGAAGAAUGUGUAGCUUCUGAAAAAUAUUUUCAGAAAUUCGAUGAAUCAUUUCGUUUUAGUUUGGCAAGUACGCACAGCGUCGCAGCGUUUGUAGCUGAAAGUAUACAGGGAAUAGGAGGUGCAGUUCAAUAUCCCAAAUAUUUCCUUCAGAAAAUAUAUAAUUAUAUCCAUGAAAAGGGUGGUCUUUGUAUAGCGGAUGAAGUUCAGACUGGUUUCGGUAGGACGGGAGAACAUUUUUGGGGUUUUGAGAACCACGAUGUGGAACCGGAUAUAGUAACUUUAGCAAAGGGAAUAGGAAACGGAUUUCCUCUUGGAGCUGUAGUGACAAGUAGUGAGAUUUCCGAAAGUUUGAAUUCAGCAUUGCACUUUAACACGUUCGGAGGAAAUCCACUUGCGUGCAUCGUAGGAUCAACGGUAUUAGAUAUUAUAAAAGAAGAAGAUCUUCAACAAAAUGCAUAUACAGUCGGGACACAUUUGAUCGAUCGCUUAAGUACUUUGUUAUUAGAAUUUCCCAAUAUCGUUGGUGAUGUUAGAGGAAAGGGAUUAAUGAUUGGAAUUGAAUUAAUUUCGAACUUCGAAACGAAAAAACCGUUACAAACGGAAUACGUGCUUGAGAUUUUCGAGAAUAUGAAAAAUAUGGGUGUUCUUGUUGGUAAAGGAGGGUUACAUGCAAAUGUAAGGUGCUUCGAAUAAAGCCACCUUUAUGUGUAACGAAAAUGGAUGCAGAUUUUACUUUUGCAGUUAUUAAGAGAACAUUGGAAAUACACCAAGAAAAAUAUAAGCAGAUUAAAGGAUAAACGAAUGUAAUACGUGAAUUCAGGUCCUUUUAUUUGAUAUAAUUAUGUAUGUUACAUUUGUACAGUAUAUGUAGUUCUUUCAUUUUAUUCAUGCAAAUUGAUUGUGUUUAAGUUUAUUCUGUACAUGGUCAUUUACGAUAAGCAUGAACAGUGAAAAUUAAUAAUUAUAUACAAAUAUUUGUUUC